ACAGCGAGACGUAAUUACGUAGCACCAACUACCCCAGCGUAGUUACGUGUCCCUGUUCUGUUGACUGGGAAGCCCCUAGCGCGGAGCUGCCAACGCCCGGCAUUAACACACAAAUACAGAAUACGAUUGUGAAUGAAUAGAGAAAACUAAAUCACAACUAUGCAGACCAUCAAGUGUGUUGUAGUUGGUGACGGUGCCGUGGGUAAAACCUGCUUGCUCAUCUCUUAUACAACAAACAAGUUUCCUUCUGAAUAUGUACCUACGGUCUUUGAUAACUAUGCUGUGACUGUAAUGAUUGGAGGUGAACCCUAUACUCUGGGCCUUUUUGACACAGCAGGUCAGGAAGACUACGACAGGUUACGACCUCUGAGUUAUCCACAGACAGAUGUCUUUCUUGUCUGUUUCUCUGUUGUGUCCCCUUCUUCUUUUGAAAACGUUGAAGAAAAGUGGGUUCCAGAGAUUACUCAUCACUGUCCAAAGACCCCAUUCCUUCUAGUUGGGACUCAGAUUGACCUGCGGGACGACCCAUCAACUAUAGAAAAGCUGGCCAAAAACAAGCAGAAGCCCAUCACACCAGAAACAGCUGAAAAGCUGGCCAGAGACCUCAAGGCUGUAAAAUAUGUGGAAUGCUCAGCUCUCACACAGAAAGGCCUAAAGAAUGUUUUUGAUGAGGCGAUACUGGCUGCACUGGAACCUCCAGAGCCCAAGAAGAAACGCAAAUGUGUGCUGCUAUGAGAGGCUUCUCCCCUGUAGAUCCAACACAUACAUACAAACAUACACACACAAGCACACAUGAAACAACAGAAUACUCAAAUGCAUACAAACAUAAACACACACAUGCACAUAAACAUUAUUUCCAACCCCACCCUCUUUCUCCUGCUCUGCUAAGGCUGGUUGACAGUCUUCCAGACUGAAGACAAGAACGAUGACUGCCAACAAAGUAUCCUAAAAUUCUCUGCAAUAAUAAGACGCUUCUCCCUAAUGUUCAAGUGUGAGACAGCAGAUGAACAUAACCUAGGCAACAGGCCACUGUGGGAUGUGGGCAGGGUGGAAUCACCAGGGCCAGAGAUCCAGACAAAAACACUUGGCACUGUUGAUGAGUCACUAGAUUCAACCGUUCAGUCAGUGUUGUGGUCUAAUUAACGUUCAGAACCUCCGACAUUUGACUCUUUACUAACUCUGUACUCACACAUAACCAAGGCUUAAAAGUUUGAUGGUUUGAAGCUGCUGUUGGCAGAGAAUUAGCCAGCAUAGAGAGCAGUUUCUAAUAUUGUUGAAACAAUUACAACACAGUGGUGUUUGGUGUAAGUUUGUGAUGACGGUCACAGAGAUCGCUUUCUGUCAGUUUAUUGAUCAAAUGAACUUUGAAAUUGACCUGAUUUGCAGCUGCUGUGUUAUUGUUUCCAGAACUCACACAGCUGAUUGGGAAAUUGAACCCUUUUCAAGUUUUGCCACAUAUAGAGCAAGCUAAUAGAAAUGACUGAAGUGCAUUGUGAUUUAGCGACAUGAAAUUCUGAACCAUUUGAUUUGAUGAAGCCUCUUUAACAAGCCCACAAUACGUGUGAGAGCAGUGUGAAGAGUUCAUGGAGGUCAGCUCCACCCACGCCCCCACAGCCAAAUGACACUGUUGGCCCCUUCUUCCUUGAUGACAGCAUUCAUCAAAUAAAUUGCUAACAGCUCAGUUUUAUUUGCCAACAAACAACCCCAAGAUAUUUAUUCCAUGUUCCAGAAAAACUUACUCCUUAACCACUAAAGAAACUUUGCUCUAAUAGGACAGCAGUAUCCAGGGCAGUCCACAUGAGUGUCCUUCAUGAGUAAUAUGGAAAUGAUAAUGUUGCCAUGUUCUAUCCAGUCCUAUGUAUGCAAACUCACAGUCCCAUUGGAUUGUGGUCAAUCACUUGAAGAGCUAAAGGCAUAGUAGCGGGUCCACCUGGAGACCAAGGAACUGGUGUUUGAGAUGCACCAGACUGAAACAGUGUUAGCAGAACAAGCGGAGGCCAAGGCAGGAAGAGAGUCUGAUUCUAUACUCCGUCAUGCAACACUUUCAAAAGUUAUAAACUUUUAAGAGGGAGUUCUUCAGAAGGAAUAGUGAGAAAGCCACUAUAAACGACCACAGUAGAAAUGUUCUUCCCAGGUUUUAAAAACGAAUUGAGCAAUCAAAUCUUUUCUUCAUUAAUCUAUAUUUACCUGUGACUUCAGUUAUAGCAAGAGUUCUAUAUUCCUGAAGGGUUUUGGAUUUUAAUUGUUUCAGCUCUCUAAAUGUGCAGAGUAUGACCUAUUGAUAAUUACCAAUGUUAUCUGUCUGUCAUUCUGCAAUUUAAAAAAACUAGCAUGACAGUUGAACUUGGCAGCAGAUUGUUCUGUAGCUGUAAGUAUUUCUAUUAACUCCAAUCUAUUUCACUGUUUGUAGGAAGUAGGAUUGGUGAGCUCUACCUCUACAUAAACAUUUCACUUUUACCUGUUGAAUUAAAACACAUACAAAGGAAAAACCAACCUAUUAGGAGGGUGAGAUCUUAGAGAGCUGACUGAAGGUGUGCAGGUACAUGCCACUCUGAAGCACUCAGACUUUUGUUAAGUUACAGUUACAGAGAAGUUGCUUGACGGGGUAUAAACCAGGCUUCAGACUUGAUCACAUCACACUUCAUUUGCUAGAAGGGAGCGCGUGUGUGUGUGUGUGAAACAGUUUGUGGACUAAUGUUUAGCAUUUUUACAAGGGAGGAAAGAGUAUGAAUUUCUAACAGAACUCUGUAGUGGGCCAAAGUCUGGCGAUGAGUGUGUGGAGGCCUGUCUGGUCUUUGUUUUAGUCAUUGAAAAUGUGGCCGACCUUAGUCGCUGUUCUUAACUAUAGGUUUUAUCAGAUGUAAUUAUGAUGUUAGCAGGCAUGCCACAUUAAUGUACGCUCCAGAUGUUUUUACCAAAACCUUUUUAUUAUUUCUGCCCCUUCUGUUUGUCUUAUUUUAUAUCUUAUUAUAUAUAAAUAUGUGUUUUUCUUUCUUCUUGGCUUGUCCCUUCAUUGGGGGCUGCCACAGCGUUAGACCACACAAUGAUUUGACAGAGUUUCUUUAACAGAUAUUGAAGCAACCCUGCCUAUAUAUACAUAUAUAAGGUUUCCUUUUCCACCUUUUGAGUUAGGUCGUUCAGAAUUCACCUGAACUUUUACCUGCCAGUUUUUACCAAGAAAACCUUUGAUUGGGCUUCCUGAAUAAAAACCUUCAAUGGCAGAGAGACUGUUUUUGUUUUUUUUAACUAGUGGUAUGGAGUCAUGUUGAUGACCUGCCAAGGUCAAGAUACUUAUUAUAACCUUGUUUUGUGUAAAACCAAAUGCUCUGUCUGAAGUCUUUCUUCUUUGUAUAUGCAUUCUUUUUUUCUUUUCUUUUUUUGGAAAAAUAUUAAACUUAAACCUUAAUUGCCUUUACCUUUUUUCCUUUGCCCUUCUUUUUAUUUGUAUAAUGACUGUUGGACUAAUGACUGACCUUUAUGUAAUAAGUGAGCUGAUUGGCUGAUCAGUUCCGGUUAUCGCUGCAGCAUUGCUAAAACCACUUGAUCAAUGUGAAUACAGUACUGGUAAAAUCCAGGACAAACCUCACAUCCUAACAGUCACACAAAUGUUCCACUAAAGCUAAGGCUGUAAAGAGCGUUGUGCCAUAGAGGUCAUGUGUACAGAAUGUAUAGUCAGCAGUUCUAGAGUGACCAUGUCCGCUGUGUGUUAACAUGAGAAGCUUAACAGCCAAGUGUGAUUUUCUUUGUAAAAAAAAUGUAAAUAAAAAGCAGCAGCAGCUUUUUAACUGA